AUGAUGCGUAUCACGGCACAAUACUUUAAUAUUAACAGAGUGCUUCUGCUGGCUGUAGGCUUGUGGCCAUAUCAACAAUCAAAAGUCGAUCGAUUUCGAUUUAUUUUCUUCCUCAGCAUUUUGACAACUGCUAUUUUAUUUCAGUUUACUUCGUUCUUUAACUCAAAAUGCUCUGCUGAUUUUGUUAUGAAGAUUCUAUCAAGCUCGCUCUUUUUUACUACUUUUGUGAUAAAAUAUAUCUUCUUCGCUAUUAAUGCCGGAUCUAUAAAACAUUUAUUGGCACAACUUCAACAUGUAUACGACCAAUUAAAAGACGAGUGUGAAAACGCUAUCGUUGAAAAAUAUAACUGUAGUGCGAAACGUUUCACGAUUGUAAUUACAUCAUUAUUUAUUUGUAGUAUAUUUGCUCUUAUUGUCGCACAACUUUGGUCGAAUAUAAUUGCUGUUGUUUUAUCGAGGAACGUAUCUCAAGCACGUCGUUUGCCAAUUAUAACAGAGUAUUUCGUCGAUCAGGAGAAAUAUUUUUUUUUAAUUCUCCUGCAUUUAAAUGCAGCAUUUUACAUAGGAAUGACUGUAGUAGUGGCGAUCGGAACAAUGCUCAUUACAUAUCUUGUACAUACCUGUGGACUGUUUAAAAUAUCUAGUUAUCGCAUUGAACACGCAAUGAGGGCCGUUAUGUUACAAAAUAUUAGUGCAAAGAACGAUGCAUUGAUGUUGGAAGAAAUAAAAUGUGCCGUGGAUAUACAUCGGCAAGCUAUGAAAUUAUCCAAAACUUUGGUAUCCCAAUUUGAAGCAAUGUUAUUCUGCUUAAUAGCUGCAGGAGUAGUAUCACUAAGCCUUAAUCUUUUUCAGAUUUUUCAGAUGGCAUCAAACAGAAAUAACAUCGAUGAAAUUUUAUUUCCCUCUGUACUUGUGUUUAUUAGUAUUUUAUAUAUGUUUUGCGCCAACUAUGUCGGACAAAAUGUAACAGAUCAUAAUAGUCAUGUAUUUGUUACUGUGUAUAACGUUCAAUGGUACAUGGCUCCGUUAUAUGUACAGAAACUAAUGCUAUUUCUGUUGCAAAGGAACGGCCAAGAUUUUACUUUAGGUGUCGGUGGAUUAUUUAUUGGAUCGUUAGAAUGUUUCGCAACGCUGGUAAAAGCUUCUGUCUCAUAUUUCACUGUUAUAUAUUCAACGCAAUAA